CGCAUUUUAGAGCAAUAAGGACAUUGACGUUGUAGUGACACUGUUUGGUAAUGUCUUGGAUAAUUUUAGCUUUAACUGAGUGAGGUUUGAGAUUUCAGGCUAACACUGAGCUAACGUAACUGAACGUUACAUUCAUAACCGGGUUUUUGGCAAAGUCUGUUUCUCCGUUAACCAGUUUACGUUAUGGUCAGGUGAUGGAGAGAGGGAUGUUGCAGCGUCCUAAGCCAACUGACUCUGAGGCAGACCUCCUGAGAGAGCAGGAGCAGUUUCUGUCCUCCGGUGCCCCAUCUGCUGCCAGUGUGGUCCGCCGACCUGACAAGAGGAGAGGCGAGACUGGAGGAGGAGGCGAUCGUAAUAGGGGGGAUGAAGGAAGACAGAGGGAUGUUGUCACCAUAGAAGAUCUUCCGGACCAACUCCCGUCUCUGACGCCAGCCCCUCCUAAGAAGUCUCGUUUUAAAGCCAGUCGUGUCACUUUUGAGGAUGAGGACGCUGAGGAGAGGCUGGACAAACAUGACACUCACAUCAGCGCUGUUCUCUCCCGGAUCGUUGAGAGAGAUACCAGCUCUACUCCAAUAUCUCUACCGCAACUUACCGGCAUGCCUUUUCCCAAAGUACUGCACCGCUCUGAAACCAGCUGUCAGGUCCCACUGUCUACAGCUGGUGGAAAGAAGAGUAUUUUUGCACGUCAGAUUGCAGCUCAGAAAGUUAAGGCAGGGGACAUGUCUUUACACUGCACACCGGAGGCUCCUCAGACACCAGAGACUAAGCCAGCUGCAGAUUCAGGUCCCAGACUGGUGUCUGGACAGGGACUUGAGGGCCCAGAGAGCGUAGGAGAGACCAUGAGGAUCCACAGGGAGAACCAGGCUAAGCUCCAGGGGUUGUCUCAGUCUGAAAUACUGGAGGAGCAGAAGAAGCUCUUAUCUCAGCUUGAUCCUAGACUGGUGGAGUUUGUAAGAUCUCGCAAAGCCCAGAGCGUCCUGUCCUCUGCCUUUUCAUCCAAACACCCAGAGGGCAAAAGCAGCAAGGAAAACUUUCCUCUUGAAGAUGUGAGCAGAGAGUCGGACUCCUCCAGUGCUGCUCUGCUGUUUCAGAAACCCCUAGAAGUAGAGAUGGAAGGAGAGGAGGAGGAGGAAGAGGAGGAGGAACUGCCAUCACCACCACCACCACCCGCUGUGACGGGGGAGGAUCUGCUGGUGAAGCCUCAGAAGGAGUGGAUACACAUGGAUAAGCUGGAGCCAGAGAAGCUGCAGUGGAUGAGAGACUUGCCUGCACCAAGAAGGAAAGGAACUAAGAAGGCCAUGCAAGCCCGGUUUGACUUUGCUGGGAGCUUGAUUCCACCCACUGAGGAUCUGCCCACCCACUUAGGCCUGCACCACCACGGAGAGGAGCCUGAGAGAGCAGGCUACUCCCUGCAGGAACUCUUCCUGCUGUCUCGAAGUCAGGUCAUCCAGCAGAGGAGUCUGGCCCUCAGCACUCUGGCCAACAUCCUCUCAAAGGCACGUGCUGGGCAGUUCGUGUCUGUUCUGAAAGGCAGCGUGACGUCCACCCUGCUCGAUGCCGGCCUGCUGUUCCUGCUUCGCUUUGCGUUGGACGACAGCGUGGAGGGAGUGAUGUCUGCAGCUGUGCAUGCUCUUAAAGCACUUCUUGUGUGUGAGGAGGAUGAAGAGUGUUUGGACUGCACCUUCUCCUGGUUUGGUGGCCUGGCCUCCUUCCCCCUGCUGCCGAAUUCCCAGGAGGAGGAAGAUGAAGAGGAUGAGGGGCUGCCAGAAAACAUGAGGGAGAAUGCCAAGGAGAAGGAAGAGAAGAAGAGCGAUCAUGAUGUGUCCAGGCAGGAUGUUGUCAAGGGUCUGUUAAAGAUGAAACUGCUGCCCAGGCUGCGUUACAUCCUUGAGGUGGUCCGACCUUCUCCCCGAGCGGUCCAGGACGUCCUGGAGAUCCUGACUCGUAUCGCUAGGCACUCCUCCUCAUCUGCCACCCAGGUGCUUGAUUGUCCUCGCCUAAUGGAGACAGUGUUGUCAGAGUUCCUUCCAACUUCCUGGACAGCACCAUCUUUGCCCCUUCCUCAGUCUGUUUAUGGAUUUCCAUUGGCCAGCGCCUUGAAGCUGUUGAGAGUAUUGGCUACCGCUGGCAGACAUGCCAGUGCCAGACUGUUAAACUCCUUUGGAGUGAGGGAGCGUCUGUCUCAUCUACUGAGUGCUGAGCCCAGUGAGCUGCUGCUGGAACCGACCGAGGCCCUCAGGAUCACCACUGAGGCCUACAGACUGUGGGCUGUAGCAGCUGGUUAUGGACAGGCCUGCAAACUAUACAUAGACCUGUAUCCGGGCUUAGCAAAGGCCUUACAGUCGGUUCACAGAGUUCUGGCCCCCUCAGAUCCUCUGUUGCCCCUGCAGCUCCAGCGGGUCUUGGCUCUGAUUUGCCUGCUCACACAGGUUACACACACUGCCGGCUGCCAUCAGGAGCUACAGGCUGGCGUGGUCAGCUCUCAGGGAGAAGAGAGUCCUCCUCCUCCUCCAGUGUCCUGGGGUCACGUCACCGGGUUACAGGCGUCCCUGCUGGGGCAUUUGAAGGGCUUUGUGAAGAGCCUUGAUAAUCCAGUACAGAAAGAGAGCAGUCUGACUGUGAUACCGGCUUAUCUGGCCUACUUAGAAGCUUACUACCAUCACCUCUCUAGACAGAACUGUUUCAAGCCGGUAGAGACACUUCAAGAACUGGAGCAGUUGACGUCUGAGGUUCUCCUCCCCCUGCUGUCCCACCAAGCUGUUCAGGGCCUCAUGAAGAACCUAAAGUCUUCCUCAGUAGUGUGUAAUGUCCAGUCUUGCCAUCUGGGCCCAGAGACCACUCCCAACCUGCCUGGUUUGACCUGUACAGGAUGGAGGGACCGUCCGGGCUUGGUUGUUCCCAGCUCCCCCUUCCCUCUAAUCACAAGCCUGGGGCUCCUCCUGGAAACAAUCACAGGCAUCCACAAAGGCCUCAGCUGCAAAUUCACUGGUCUCCUCCUGUCAGAAUCUGUGAUCAGUUACCUACGAAGCUGCAGUCAGGCUACGCCCAUCCUGUGUCACACCGGAGCCUGGCUUCUUCGUCACGAACACCACCUCCUCUACCUGCUGCUCCGGCUGGCGCACAGACUUGUACCCAUUGAGCCACAAGUAGCCAGAUAUGCCUUACUUUACCACCAGGUGGCGCUGGCUCUGCUGCCAUGGCUACUGCCAGGCAGUGAGUACCUGGCACACGAACUGCUGUCUACCAUCAUCUUCAGCAAGGACUUUCUGUCAGAGGGCCACAGCGGAGGCCCUGAGGCUGUAGAGCUGGAAGAGCUGAAACUCCAAGAGGAAACGCAACACCAAACCUCCCCCUCUCUGCAGACUGUCGGAGCUCUCCUGAGAGAAGCCUGCAUCCAGCUGCCAUCCAUAAGAGGCUGCUUCCUCACUCACCUGGCCCACCUGGAGCCUUCCGUACUGAUGUCCCGGGACGCUCUGCUCGGCCGCAACCCAUGGAUCAAAUCCCAUCUCCUCCCAGAGCUCACCGGUCCCACCGUGCCAUCCGAUUGGCCUUUCCUCCCACUCGUCAGCCUGUAUGAGCGAGCAGGGCUGUCUGACGGUGGGGGGUCAGCGGUGGAGGAUCUCCCGCAGGGGGCUCUGCAGGCGGUGACCCACUGUCUGCAGUGGCUGCUGCUGCUCGAGGUUUGGCGAGAGGAAGCACUAAAGGUGAUCCUUCCUGUUGCCAAGUUUGCCCGCCUGUCCUGUGUGUUCCUGUGUUCCAGUGACUUGUUCUUGGAGAGACCUGUUCAGAAACUGACCUGGGGUCUGUUCAGGCUGCUGACCAGGCAAUCCCGGCUUGACUCUUUGGACCUGAAUGUCGCUCCUCCUGGUCUAGCCUCGUUCCAGGACUUGUACUCUGCUCUUCUGACCCAGUACGAAGCUGUGUCUUUUGGAGACCGGCUGUUUGGCUGCUGGGUCCUCUUACCUCUGCAGAGGAGGUACAGCGCCACCAUGAGGCUGGCUGUGUUUGGAGAACAUGUGGGGAUGCUCAGGUCACUGGGAGUCACUCUGGAACAGGUCUCCAUCCCCAUCGAGCGGUUCACUUCUCCCUCUGAAGACUCCCUCCCUCUCCUACGUCUCUACUUUCGCUCUUUGGUAACAGGGACCCUGACACCUCGCUGGUGUCCUGUUUUAUAUGUGGUUGCCUUGUCUCAUGUCAACUCCUUCAUGUUCUCUCAGGAUGCUGCAGCACAGGAGGUUGAAGCAGCUCGAUGCAGUAUGCUGAGGAAAAUCUACUACCUGACUGAUGAGGUGUUGAGGAACCACUUGCUGCUCUUCCAUCUGCCACAGCAGCACUCAGAGUUUGGCUUCGAUAUGUACGAUCAGUUGCCUCCCAUUAGGGCGAAACGUUUAGAGAGCAUCCUGAGACUGCGAGACAGCGGCGAUGACAAAGGAGAAUGAAGACAGCAGGGAGUGAAAGAAUAAAAAAAGCAACAGUGAGCCAAAAACAGGAGAUACUUAGGAGGGACAUUGUGGUGCUGAGAGCAAAUCAAAGUAGGGACGAAGAGUACGAGGAAGGAUGUUGGCCAUGGAAGGCAAAGUGAGUCAUUCAAUUCCACUACUAAAAGGUAUCUCAUCAGGAUUGUCCUUUGAACAAGAGCCAACGAGCCACAAGAAUAUUUUCUGUGGCCCAGCCUGAGGUAGAUUUGGCUAGCCCUCAAUGAAGCAACAUUUGCAAAUAAUUUUUAGCACUUUUUAGCAGUCUGGACCUGCUUCAAGCAUAACGAAGGCAGUUUACCAUCUAAGAGUAUAUUUUACAGACAUGUAUUGAAACUGAUCUGAAAUUCAUAUUAAACUAAUUCACCUGCCUGAGCUGAAACACAACCAGUCAAGUCAACCCAAAGCUUAAAUACAAAGGCUAAAAAUUAAGUGCAGAUGCUGUGGGGCACACGUCCCUAAAAAUUUUCCUCUGAGCAAACUGGAGGAAUUCAUUGUUUUUCACCAGCACUUGCCAAGGAGAAUUAUUUUGUGUCUGAUAAGCUUGAAAAAAAAAAAAAAGACCAGAACAAUUUUUAGUGUCUCAAAGUAAAGACAAAUGAUGAACUUUACAAGUGCCUGAAAUUGUCUUUUUGUGAAUAAAACCUUCAAGGGUU